GGCUUAUCGGCGAAAAAUACGAAAAAAAUCAAACGAUAUUAAUUAUUGAAAAAAUGUGCGCUUUUGGUUCAUUAUGUGAUUUUGUGUCGUAAAAGUGGCUGAAUUAAUUUGGAUCGAGAUUGUAAAAAUAAGCGUGAGGUUUUGUUAUGAUAUUUCAGUUUUGAUAGUGCCAAAAUUUUUUGGAAUACGUAAAUUUGCAGGAUUAGAAGGCUAUUUGAACUGAAAAAUGAAGAAAUUCUGCGAUAAGAUUAGCAAACAAGAAUGGAGAAUCACUGUGCCCAACAUUAACAGCAGCAUAUUCAGAAGGUCGCCUUCGUCAGAUAAAGGCAGUGCAUCAAAACGAUCAUCCGGCUCGUAUGACGUGCAAGAGGCUCAAAUAGAGUACGAUAAAAGCAGAAGUUUGCCUAAUAGUAUAUACAUAACUGAUAGUGAUACGGAAGAUGAUGUGUUUGAAGACGCCCGGGGUCUUUCUGAUAGAAGCAAUCGAGUUAGUGAAGCUGAUGAUACGGAUUUAUACACCGAUGUGGUAGUUUGUACAAAGUUUGAGUCGAAAAAUCUCGACGCUGCUAACGGUCCUUUUUUAUAUGAUGUGCCGAGAAUUAGCUUCAAGUUUUUUGAAAAAAAAGAUGAUACAUAUCAAAACGUCGAGGUAAUUAAAGAGGAAGAAAGCGAGGAAAUGGAUGCUCCUAAUUAUGAUGUCGUCAAACCUAUAGCAAAGAGUAGUGUGAAGAUUACAUUGACACAACCAGUACAACAAAUUGACAAUGUUGAUGAUGAUGAGUGUAAUAUUAAGGAAGAUAUUAGAUAUAAAUCACAACUUAUUGAUACAAGAGAGGAGACACCGGAGAAAUAUGUAUCACAGAGCGAAAUAAGGUUUCAAACUAAAAGUUUCGAAGAACUAUCCCCUUAUAAAUCUGGCAGUGAUCCCAACAUAAUCCUCAGAAAAAAAGACGAUUCAGACGAUGAAGAAGAUGGGUUUUAUAAAAUACCAAGAUCCUUGAAAAAAGUCAACAGGUUAUCGCAAUCUUUGCACGAUUUUAACGCCGAUGAGGCCCAACCGAUGACUUCGAACCAUUCAAGCAUUGAGCACAUCUCCGCCAGCCAAAUAAUCGUGCAAGGCCCUGAUCUGCCGAAGAGAAAUGAACCGGCAUCGGGGCAAACUUCCGAAAUGGAGUACGUCAAGGUUAGAAGUCGAUUGCCGAUGAUAUUGCGACGACCGACGAUGUUAAAAAAACCGCAGAAAGCGGUUGAUACCUGGAAACACUUCAAAACAAAGUUCAACCAUAUGAUGGAAGAGCAUGCGGCUCAGCAGAGGGUUGGGGCUUUUAACGAUAAAGAAAAGGUUGGUAUAAACUUCGAGGAGAUGUAUAAAACUUCCAAAGUAAAAUGCAAAAAGGUUUUUGAAAAUACUGGGAAAAUGUUCAAAGGUAAAAAAGAAAACAAGGAUAAUUCGGAAUCUGCUGCAGGAUCCACAAACUCCACUCCAAUUGUGAAAACUGAACCGUUCUUCGAUAAAGUGAGCAUUAAACCAAGUGAUAUUGUAUAUAAAUUUAAUAAUAGUGAAAACAACGAAAGUGCCACAGAAAAUGGUUCGGUUAAAACGAGCGAAAGCGACAAAAAGGAUGAAUUGGAUUGUGCAACAAUAAAAAAUUCUUUCAAAAAAAUCAAAUAUACUUUUGAGGGUCAAAAUGGCUUUGAGGAUCUUCGACGAUACGUCAAGCAAGGCGGUGAUUUCUGUAAGGAAUUGGCCACAAUAUUACAGGAAAGAUCUGAAGCCGAAAGUCAAUACGCCAAAAGUUUAUCGAAACUGAGCGCGAAGCUAUCCAGAGCAUGUCGAGACGGCGUUGGUGGACUAAACGAAGCUUGGAAAGCUGUAGCACAAGAAUUGGAAACCCGCGCCGAAGGCCACAGACUUAUGGGAGUUGCGUUACUAGAAGAAACUGCCAGACCUUUACGAACACUAUCAGAAAGCCAACACAGAGUACGAAAGCAAUCAGAGGCAGCUGUGGAGAAAGCUGGAAGGCUGUUGUCUGAUUGGCGCGCAGCUGAAGCAAAAAGCAAGAAGCAAAGUCACACAUGCGCAAGAGAGAACGAAAAGCUGCAAGACUCAGCGCUACAAGACACUUCUAGGUAUGGUAAAAUAACGCUAUCUAGAAGCACAAGUCUAAUACAGCUGGCGCAAAUGCACAACAAAAAUUCCUCCGAUAAAGAAAACGCAAAGUUGCAGGGCAAAAAGCGCAAGGCGGAAGACGCGGUGAAAAAAGCCGACAUCGAAUAUUACACGCUAUGCGUGAGAGCCGAAAGAGCGAGGCUCGAAUGGGAAUCAGCUGCCUUAAGAGGUGUAAAUACAUUUCAAUCCUUGGAGGAAGAACGCUUAAACAACCUAAAAUCUGUCCUAACUUCCUACUUACACCAUAGUAACGAACUUGGCCCGAGACUAAUAGAGGCCACAGAAAGAUUAAAAUCUCCCGUUACCUUCGCGGAACCCUCCAAAGACCUUUCAACCUUCGUAAAUCUCCGACAAACCUCCCAACAGGUGUCCGAACAACUUUUGCCCGAUUUUUACUGCGAACACAUAACACUAGCCAUGAACAGAGAGAGAAGAAAACAAGCUCUAGUGAAAUUGCUACAUUUGAUAAGGCAGGACAUCGAAAGGGAGAGGAAAUCGAAAAACGGAUUAGAAAAUUUGUCAAAAGCAAUGAAACAGACGCCCAAUUUUGGGGCAGAGGAUUCUCAGCAGAGUGUCGUGGAGAAAUUAUAUCAUAUGAAAUCAAUGUUAACGUAUCUUGAAGGUGCAAGGUACAAAGUACAGAGUGCUCUAGCAGAACUAGAUAGUAGACCUAGAGGAGGUCAUCCUCUGGCAGCCCAUAUUACAAUAACCAGGGACAAGUCUGGUUUACAACAGAGCGUUUUAAAAGUUCCUCAAUGGUUACGCGAGGAGUAUUUCGAGUCAGAUAAAAGUCCGGUAAGCGAAAAAUCAGCAAAAUCCAGCCAAUCAGACAAUUCGGAUCCACACAUAAAUGACGUGGACGAUCCUGAUUGGCCCGAUAGAGGAGCGGCAGAUGGAAAUUCCAACCAACCAGACUCGGAUUUUGAUGAAUUUUCCUCAGAAUGCAGUAGCACCGACGAAAAACUGGCGCCGAUCGAAGAAAAAUCGUUGACGCCCAUCGAAAAAUGCAAGGCACUCUACCCGUAUACCCCCAAUCUUACCGACGAACUGGCACUACGACCUGGAGACCUGUUGUGCGUUUACCGCAAGCAGGACGACGGUUGGUGGCUCGGCGAGUGCAACGGAAGCGUUGGAAUAUUUCCAGCCACCUACGUGGAAAUAAUUCCAUCCUGAAGACUGACUAACUUAAUUUGCUUAGAAGAGCUUUUUUAGAAUCUUUGAAUUAUUUUGGAAAGUUAUAACCCUUAAUAAGUUGUUUUGUGUACCUACACAUUGGAAAAUAUCCAGAGAUUAUCAAAUUGUGUUUGUUUGGAAAGCUGAUCAAUUUUACCAACUAAACUAAGUUGGCCAACUAGUUUUUGAUUAAUUGUUGUUUUAAAAGAACUCUAAUACAAAACAAAAAUAUCUCUAGAUGUUUCCCAAUAUUUUUAAAAUUUGUAAUGCACAAAAGGUCCUAGUUACAAAACUUAACCAAUAUUUUUGUGGAUUUUUAAAGCAAUAAUAAGCUAAUAACAAAACUCAAGAUUCUUUCUAAGUAUGUUUAACCGUACUUACACAAAGGCAAUAAUAAUUAAUUUGAGUGUAAUUUAAACUAAUAAGUAGUAAUUAGAUAAUCUUGUAUAAUAUUUUUCAAACAACUUCUGUGGUAACUACUUGUGGUAAUAACUCCCAUUUAUUAUUUUGUACAAACUGCAUUCUUAAAAUUUCUAUUUAUUAUCUUUAUAAGUAUUAAUA